AACAGCUCCCUUUAGAACCCACCCUCGGACCUCUGAACCGGAGGUCACAAACCUCUCAUCGUCCUCUGUUGUCCUGAGCGGUGACAUGGUCACCCAGAGUGACGAUUCAGACCACCCCACGACACCCCGGGAGGAGAGUGCCGUCCCAGAAUGCUCUGUGGCAGAGAACGGCGUAACGGAGAGGAGGAUGGAGAAGAGGAGCAGCAGCUGACAUCACACACUGGGAGAGCAGAGGAAGGAGGAACAGGGGAGUGUCUGGAGAGGAGAGGUGUGGUUGGGAGGAAGUGGCUGAGCGGACAGAGGCUGGAGAACACUCAGAUCUCCAUCAAGGUCAAGCUGAGGAGGAGGACCAGGGGACAGCUGUGGGAGCUGGUCAGUGGGCAGGAGACGGACGGAAGCAUCUCACCUGGUCAGGGGCAGGAAAGGGACGGAACCAUCUCACCUGGUCAGGGGCAGGAGAGGGACGGAACCAUCUCACCUGGUCAGGGGCAGGAGAGGGACGGAACCAUCUCACCUGGUCAGGGGCAGGAGAGGGACGGAACCAUCUCACCUGGUCAGGGGCAGGAGAGGGACGGAACCAUCUCACCUGGUCAGAGGCAGGAGAGGGACGGAACCAUCUCACCUGGUCAGGGGCAGGAAAGGGACGGAACCAUCUCACCUGGUCAGAGGCAGGAGAGGGACGGAACCAUCUCACCUGGUCAGAGGCAGCAGAGGGACGGAACCAUCUCACCUGGUCGGAGGCAGUUGGUCCUCGCUGCUCUGAAGAAGGAAACGCAUGAUCGCAUGAGGACAAGACAACUACCACGCCAGCCUCUCCCCCCGCCCCAGUCCCCAGCCCUCCCCCGGUGCUCUCCCCUCGACACAGCUUUCCUCACCCCUCCACCCCGAUCCCGCCCCACCUCCAAAACCACCACCGCCCAGUCAGCCUCCCUCAAACACUGCAGCUCCACCCAUCAUCCGACUCCACACCCAACACAUGAACCACAGCUCGCCUUGCCCCAGCCUCCGGUAGAGGAUUCGGACGAGCAGAUUGAGAAGAUGCUGGAAGACAUCAUGAUGGGGUUGAACAUACUGCCCCCUGUGGUUCUGGAUAGGGACUGCGACAAACGCCACCAUCUCCAAAGCCACGACAGACCGUCGGCCUGCUCCUGCUCGCAUCAUCCCGUCCACGCAAGGCACAGCGCCGUUGGCUCGGCUUCUCGUUGCGUGUGUUCCCAUGGCUACGCGACAGGAAGUGAUGAUGCGUCGUCAACUGAAACAGGUGUCCAGUGCUCCUCUGAGAACGCCAAGAACCACCAGGAACUCCUGAUCCGGUUCCAGAACUCUCAAAACCAGGAACUCCAGAACCGGAACUCCAAGAGCCUGGUGUUUGGAUGUGGUGGCAACAGCAGCAUCAUGCCAGUCCACUCAGGCUCUUCACCAAGGCCUCCCCACCAGUCCCUUCCUCAGAGCCAGGCCUCUCUACUUUACGCAGGGGAAGAGGACCGAGAUCCAGGGUUCUGGAAGGGUUCUGCCCAGACGGGCGUUCCGUCGACAUACAGAGACCAUGUUUGUAAUCUGUCUUCUGCGGAUUGUCCAAUGGAGACACUACUCCAAGUCAUGUGAAUGGAGACACUACUCCAAGUCAUGUGAAUGGAGACACUACUCCAAGUCAAGUGAAUGGAGGGACCAUCCCAAGUCAUAUGAAUAGAGAGGCCAUUCCAAGUCAGAGUCCGAGUCAGGCCACUACGAAUCAGGAAGUUCCACAAGAAGAGGAACCUUCGGUCACCCCCGGUUUCCUACCCCCCUCUGAAACUGAUGCUUCUGAACCACAACAUCCAGCAUGCCCACCAGAUGGACUACAUUUCCCAGAACUCCUUUCACUGCUGUCUCCAGGAAGUGAAACCCAGCCUUCCCAAUCUCCUCCUCCACAUUGGGAAGAGCUACGCCUGCCAAAAUGUCUCUCACCUUUAAAUUCACCGGAACCCUUACCCCCACCAUCUCCGGCGAAACCCUUCCUUAAAUCCCCAUUCCGGCAUCCUGUAACUCCAUUCCAUAGAAUCCCUCAGCUGUCAAAGCUACCACCUUGGCUCUGCUGCACUCCGAGAAGACUACAGUUUCCACUGAGCUCCAUGAUCCACUCUCCACGCUCCCCAGGAAAUCUGUGUGAAUCUAAAAAAUGCCUUGGGCUGCCGUGGGAAUCCAACAACAUCUCCGAGCAGAUGGCUGAUGGUCAAUACAAGGCUAGCAUUAGCAACAACUCCGAGCAGAUGACUGAUGGUCAAUACAAGGCUAGCAUUAGCAACAACUCCGAGCAGAUGACUGAUGGUCAAUA